GUUUCGGGUUUGUAUACAGUGUUCAGAAUUCAGCAUGAAGAUCGUAAAACUUCACUUCUAUCUACUUGUGUGCUGUGGAGCUGCAGAAGGUUUCAUCGAGAAGUCGGUGAAUUUGAGACAAAAUGUGACUCUAAAGUGUGAGGUGUCUGUAAGAGAUGUGUUCUGGUUCCUGAUGAAGCCGUCAGAACCUCCAGUUUAUAUAUUACACUCUUACUCAAGCCAGUCCCUGAGGGCAGACUACAGUAACACAACCUUCAACAAGACUUUCUCACUGCAAUAUAACAGCAGUUUAUUUAUUCACAAUAUCAGUACUAAUGAAUUAGGAGUGUAUUAUUGUAUUCAAACUUGUUCACAAUCUGAUAUCAACACACCUCCCAACAUCAGCAGUGGAAUCAGACUUUACAUCCAGAGUCACUCAGCUGAGAAUCAGACAUCUGAAGAUGAAAAGCAGUCGAAUCAGUCAGCAGAUAAAUGCAAAGGUGUCACACUCUGGCGAAGUCUCUUCAUCAUACUUUUAAUAAUCUGCAUUGUUGCCUUCGCAGGUUUUAUAGUUUGCCGCUGCAAUAGAACUCCAAAAGCCCAAGCACAACCUCCAGACCCGUGUUUACAGCAGCAUCAGGGCAACACCAGCACUGUGUUUUUGGUUGUGGACACCUGGGGGCAGUACUGGGCACAGUGUCCCGGAUUUUUUUUUUCCGGGACAGACCAUGAAAAUCCGGGACAAUCAGGAAAAACCGGGACAGGUGGCAGAAUCAACCUGUUCACUCUCAAUUAAACUUUGCUAUUUUAAGAGUUGGUUUCCAAAAGGGCUUCAUGAAAGCAGCUACACUGUGGUGGAGUUUGUUCUGUUUCACCCUGUGAUGUAACACACACACACACACACACACACACUGGUCAUUGGUGUUUUUUUUUUCUUUUUUUUUCUUUUUAUAAGCUGUGCUACAUGAUUGUGGUUAUGGUCUGCAUGCUAAAACAUUUCACACGUGUACAGCUCCUUCAUCCGCUCCUCGUUCUCACAGUGUGACCUUCUGCAGUAAAAUUCUCCCCUGAGUUUAGAAUCAGAAUCAGUGACAGGGUGGUGCAAUGAAGUGGAGUUACUGUUACCACCCUGCAGUUGAUUAUUUUCCCAUAACAGCACAUCCCCAAGUGUUUUAUUCCUCUUAUACACAGCACUUUUUUCACAUCUGUCCCCAUCACUUUGCACCUGUCUUUGUCUCGUCAUUUAUGUUAUGGUGUUUAGAUAGCUAGAUAUUUACUUAGAUAGCUACAGAUAGUUAUUUUAUACCUUGUGCUGUAAUCUUCUAUUUCUCUAUAAAUGCACCAUGUGGAGUCUGAGGGAAACAGUAUUUCAGUGCACUGUGUACUUGUAUAUGGACGUAUUGACAAUAAAGCUCUCUUGAAUCCUCA